GUCGACCUCCACAUAGCUGAAAGGUCAGUUUGCCAGGCCGCCAUUUUGAUUUAUCGGAUGAUCACGGGCAAGAUCCAUUUGUGUCCAGUCUGGCCAUUUUGAAGACAAAUUAUUCUCGUAACACAUUAGCAGUUAGUCAGAACCAUAAACCGAAAUGGGCGAGAGUAGCGGUGAGGUCGCUAUGGACGAUCAUCCAGCUGUUCACCCUGGGGACGAUACAAGCAGCAGCGAGACAUUAGACACGGGAAGGCAGCAAAACAAGGAGGGGGACAUUCCCUGCGAGGAAACAUGCAGUGUAAAGUCUGAAAAUCCUGCACAAGUUAAAACAAAGCAGGCGGACAGGCUUGCGGUGAAACGUAUUGUGGACAAACGCUUUGCGUGUACGGAAUGUGACUAUAGAGCAGCCUUUAGGUCUCAACUAUUGAUACACACAAGAAAACAUACAGGUGAAAAACCGUAUAAAUGUGACCAGUGCGAGUAUUCUGCUUCACAGAAAGGAAGUUUAGACCAACACAUGACUAAACACACCGGGGAAAAAGACUAUAAAUGUGAUGAGUGUGACUAUGCUGCGGCAACCAAACACAGUUUGGACCAACACAUGACUAGACACACCGGAGAGAAACCCUUCAUGUGUGGAGAGUGCGGAUAUAGAACGGCUAACCGGGCCUCUUUAACCGUACAUAUGAGAAAACAUACUGGCGUGAAACCUUAUAAGUGUGGCCAGUGUGACUAUUCUGCUGCAAAGAAAGGAAAUUUAGACCAACACAUGACUAAACAUUCCGGAGAAAAACCCUACAUGUGUGGAAAGUGUGGAUACAGAACUGCUCGCAAGAUUGACCUAUCCCGACAUAUGAGAACACAUACAAGCGAGAAACCCUACAAAUGUGACCAAUGCGACUAUGCUGUUACAGACAAAAGGCAUCUAAAGAAACACCUGGACAAACACGCUUCUUAGGGUCAUAGUGUACACGUGUGUACACAGGACGUUUGGCCGGUCUAACAUUUGAAACUAUAAGUGAAGACUGACUAACAUUUUCCAACAAUCGCUUGACACAGGAGAAAUCCCCCAAGACUGGAGGGAUGCAAACAUAUGCGCCAUUUUCAAAAAGGGAGACAGAGCGGUCCCCAGUAACUACAGACCUGUUUCACUUACCUGUAUUUCCUGUAAACUACUCGAACACAUUAUCCAUAGCCAUAUCAUGAAACACUUAGAA